AGCAGCCCGAACAACAAUAGCAGUUCGAAUAAAAGCAAACUAACUGCGGCCAACCUCCGCCGUUUGGAGAAGAAAAACAGCAGCUGCGACGAGAGUUCCUACGCCAGUAGGAUGCAGAGUACGCCGGGCGGAGAAGACGAGGUGCGCGUGCUCGAGGAAGCUACGGAUGUGGACCAAUUGUCUGACGACGCCCGCAUUCUGUUGCAGGAGUACAUCGGCUUCGGUGCGGUCGACCACAUGGAAAAGAUUACUGGACAGGACGUCGGUACGAGCGGAGAUGGAAAUAAGGACGGUUUCGACAAGGACCGAAAAUCAUCCCAGCAGCAGCAUCUGGCAGCGCUCGGCCGAUCGGUGAUGCGGGUCCCCGUGCGGUACAAGAGGACGAGUGCGAUGAAUAAAGCGAGAGGUGAUGAUGUACUGGAUUCUACCGAGGACGUAUUGAAUGCUCCAGUAGAGCACGUGAAGCGGCAAUUAAACAGCAUUGGCGAGAGGCGGGGACUGAUCACGCAGAAAGUUGCCAAAGAACUGG